UUUUUCAAAUAUUCCCCAGCAGUUGGGCGAAGCGGACGUACCAGGCAGCAACUAUAAGCGCAUAACACUAUAGAAUAUUCGCAAAAGUUGCAAAGAGGAAGUGAUAUUUUUGAAACGUGUAGUAAAAAUCUCAAAUACGACUCAGUGAGAAUUUGUAACGUUAGCGUGAAAGUGUACAGCAUCGAAGCUCGCGUAAGAAGUGCGAAAGUGUUUUAUAAAUUUUGAAUCAAUGCGGUUUAUGUGAUUUGCUUAUAAAACAGGCGAAUAACUUUGAACUUUAACUGAAUUCAAAUGCAUUGAACUGGUAAAACGUAUUUCAGCAUUUUGGCUGAGCGCACAUAUACAUACAUACAUUUGUACACGUGUGUGGGCGUGAAGCUCAGGCACUGAGCCACUAAUGCAGCCACUUAGCACAACCAUCUCAUAUUGAGCCUGACAAUUUCGUGGCAAAGCUAUACGUAAAUAACUACGUUCACGUACAUUGAUUUCUUCUCAAUCCAUCUACGAAUUUCAGUACCUUGACUACGGUGCUGGCGGCUGCCCGUGCACUUGUUUGCAUUGAAAUUCUUUCUUUCUUCUACUACUUUUGGCGUAUAUCCGCUGUGACAAGAUGCAUUCGCCUGUCACUAAAGUGACAGGAUUCGUGGCCCUGAUGAUUGUGCAAAUAAUUUUACUUGCACUCUUUUGGCUGUUCGUGCGCUACGGCAAUGAAGCAUUACCAAGUGAUGAAGGCAAAGAAUUACGUGAACAACACGUUUCCAUAUAUCCACCUUUCCAAGAUGUACAAGUAAUGAUCUAUAUUGGCUUCGGUUUUUUGAUGACUUUCUUGCGCAAAUAUGGCUACAGUGCAACUGGUUAUACGCUCUUCUUAGCUGCAUUAGUCGUACAGUGGUCUAUUUUGGCGAAAGGGUUCUUUAAUAUGGAAGAUGGAAAAAUUAGCUUAUCGCUGGAAAGCAUAGUCGAUGCUGAUAUUGCAGCUGCCGUUCCACUGAUUAGUAUGGGUGCAUUAUUGGGACGUACGACGCCCAUUCAACUGCUAUUCAUGGCUAUCAUUGAAAUAGUGCUAUUUGCAGCCAACGAAUAUGUCGCAUUGAACAUUUUUAGCAUAAGUGAUGUCGGUGGUUCAAUUACAGUGCAUGCAUUCGGUGCGUACUUUGGUCUGGCUGUGAGUCUGAUGCUGCGCCCUGGCAAGGACCGGAACGAAGCGGGCAAAUACGAAGGAGCCAAUUAUACAUCAGAUAUCUUUGCCAUGGUCGGAACAUUGUUCCUGUAUGUGUAUUGGCCAAGUUUUAAUUCGGUGUUGGCCGAUGGCAGUGGUCAAGAGCGUGCCAUACUCAACACGUAUUUAUCAUUAGCAGCGGCAACAGUUACAACAUUUAUAGUGUCGGCACUUGUUAGUCACGAGAACAAAUUGGAUAUGGUGCAUGUGCAAAAUUCAACAUUGGCAGGUGGUGUUGCCAUCGGCACUGUUUGUAAUUUGCUAGUUGGUUCACACGGCGCUAUACUAAUUGGCAUCAUUGCCGGCUGCAUUUCGGUGCUGGGUUAUCGUUACCUCUCGCCCCUCAUCACAGCAACACUGGGUAUUCAUGACACUUGUGGCGUUCAUAACUUGCACGGUAUGCCGGCUAUUAUAUCAGCUAUUGCCUCAGCCAUCUUCGCCAGUUUUGUCACAAAAGAAAAUUACAAAUCCGAGUUGGGACAAAUAUUUCCAGCUAUGGCUGCUGCCCCACAGAAUAGUACUUCAACUAUCAUACUUGGGGGCUAUGACCGCACCGCCUCUGCUCAGGCUGGCUAUCAGCUUUGCGGCAUUGCAGUUACCUUGCUGGUGGCCAUUGUUGGUGGAAUUUUAACAGGCGCGGCGCUGAAAUAUACCGGCAUGCGCAAUUUGUCAAAGGACGAGCAACAUCAGGAUGAAUUGUUCUGGGAAGUGCCCGAGCAUAAAGAAGAUUAGUAAAGUGAAAAGUUCUGGAUUGUGCUUUGUUUUUGUUUUUUGUGUUUUUUUUAUUUGAAAGUAUUCAAUACUUCGUAUGUAGAUUACUUAGUAAUACAAGCAGUGGUUCUGAACUUCUAUAGAGUCCAACAGUUUAUGUUAUUUGUAUGCGUUUAUGCUUUGUAACCAUUUUUAAUAGUUGUUAGAAAGUUUUUAUUUCAACAUUUUUUAUGUCAACACUUAGUUAUUUCUAAACUACUGCAUUUGUACAGUAAAAUCGAAUAUUACAAUAUGUUUUAUACAAAAACGAACAAUUUUGAAGAAUUCUCAGACCUAUAAAUGCAUGCAUACGAGGGUUGCAAUUUAAAUUUCUCGCCUCAAGCGCUUCUAGUGAUAUCAGGCUCCAACUGCCAUUUCCAUUGGAAAGGUUGACUCAAGUCAGAACGUUGUGCCAGAAACAUAAAGGGUAGCCCUCGUAUUUGUUUGAAACUGUAAUAAGUUUUAAUGACAGUAGUUGUUUUUAUUUUUAACUUGGCGUCAAGUUUUUUUUCUAUAUGUAUUACCUAUUAUUCAAUGGAAUUGCUUAAUCACUGCAGUGCUUUUACGCACAUUUACUAUUCACACAUUCUAAAUGAGUAUUUUGCACUCUUUCCAUCUAAAUAAAUUUGUCUGCCUCUGUUUAUCCUUACA